AUGGAGGAUGAUCUGAACCAAGCCAUGAACGAUGCCAUCGCCUCUAGCACGUUUGCGACUGCGACGAGCACAAGAGUCACAAACUCUGUGACGGACCUCAAGCCGGAUGUUCUUGCCAUACUUGACAAACUGGUCGAUAACGGUGUUUUCACUUGCUUCUCGAACAUUGCUUGCUAUUGUGGUAUGGUGGAGGCGAAUCCCCAAUUCCUUCAAUAUUUUGCUACUGUAUUCUCGGCAGAGAUUCAAGCCAAGGUCACGACUGCGGACAAGGCUACUAUUGCCUCAGUGAUUGUGGAGGCUGAUGCAAAGUAUUCCAGUACGACUGCGGCCUUUUACUGAAAGAAGGAG